CAGCGUCGAAUGUCCCAUGGCGAUUUUAGCUACAUGUUUCACUACGUUUUGUGCCCUGUCAGUCCCAGUCUUUGCAGAUGAUUGGUGGUGUGUCCCAUCGCCGGGGCGAUGUCAUGGCCAUCGGGAGAUGCUGGUGAAACGCGCCAGCGUCCAGAUGGCAGCAAGGCUAGCUGCGCCUUACGUGGUAGACUGGGAUGGAGAUGGUGUGACAGAGCUUCUGAUUGGUGAUUAUGAUGGCCGGGUCAGGUACUAUUCCAAGCACCCUAAUGGACGCUACUACGUCCGGAAAGCCAGCGAGGAUCCCUUCCGAGUGAUCCCUUUUGAAGCUGGACGCAGCAGCAACUUCUUGGCGGCGACGCCGGUGGCUGUGGACUUUGACGGAGAUGGCCAGCUGGAAUUGCUUCUUUCAGUGGAAGGCCGGAUUCGAUACUACAAACAGCAUGAUGGACAUUUAGUUGAGGUGGAUCAGGCAGUGAACCCGUUUCGCGAUAUCAAGUGCAGCUGGCUAGCAUGCCGCUUCCAUGCUGCAGAUUGGGACGCAGAUGGAGAUGUGGACCUGGUGGUGCCGCAAGGCCUAGGUCUCAUGUAUGUUGAAAAUGUGAACGGAUCGCUUAUUUUCAGGAGUGGUGAUGCAAAUCCAUUCCGCUACAUAGUGACAAAGUACGUGGACAAUCACCGUGGCUGGGAUGGCCUGUACAGUUCACCAGUCAUGGCAGAUUGGGACGGAGAUGGAGAUUUAGACCUUUUGGUUGGGCAAGCAGAUGGCAGCUUGCUAUACUUUGAGCGAACUGACAGUGGACAUUUGGUGCAGCUUGCGGUCGAGGACAAUCCGUUUCGAAACAUAGAGAAUCAUCCCUAUCCCGCAGUUCAAGUCGGUGUCCUGCAUGGCAAGAAACCACAGUUGAUGAUCGGAGAUAUGCGCGGGCACGUGAAUUUGUACACUCGCAAGCAGGACUUGCAGCUGAAGCAACGACACAGCAGCUCCAAUCCACUCUAUGGGGCCGGAUGGUUCACAUCGCCGGUGCCGGCUCGGCCCUUGAUGGACGAGGAGAAGAAUGUGUACGUAAUGUUUCAGCAAGCAAAUGUUGGUCGAGUCCAACUAUUCCAGCAGAUCAAAGACAAUCUCACCCUUGCAAACCUCACGCACGCUGGAAUACCUCAGGCUGCAGCGACAGCUCACUGGCUUCCAGCAGGCAAACCUGUUGAUGUCGACUUCAACAUGGAUGGUGCAAUGGACAGGCUGAACAUCCACCACGAUGGACGCAUUGAAUAUUUCGAGCGGCAGAACGGCGAGCUGAUUUUGAAAAACGGCCCGGAUAGCCCAUUCUACGGAGUGAAUUUGGACAACGGUCUUGCUGAUGCCAAGGUGGCAGGUUUUCUGCCCAUUGAUUGGAAUCAAGAUGGAGCUAUGGACCUCCUCAUUGGUGCUUGGGGCCUCUCUCACUUGAAGCUCUUCUUAGCUGGCUGGUGUGAAGUGCGCACACCUUGCAAUUCCAAGAGAAUCUGCGACAAAAUGUUUGGGACGUGUUCCUGCAUGACCGGCUACAAGCUGGAGGAUUGCUCUGGCUGCGCAGCAGGUCAUUUCACUGUACACACGAACGACUUGGCUCACCAGUGCCAAGCAUGUCCAGGCAAGAAUGCACAUCGUGGAGUAUGCAACACAAGAGGGGUUUGUCACGAUGAUUUUUUUGCAGCGCAGAAGGCCAAUGCAACUGGACUCAACAGGCUGCAAACAAGUGUCAUUUCUGGCAAUGGGAGCUGCAGCUGCGGCCGCUUUUUCACUGGUGAGGACUGCUCCCUCGGCGAGUGCCCAGCCGGAUAUGAGUAUGAUUCGACAAGAAUAGUGGCGGCUUGCGUUCCUUGCCGACCUGGCUUUUACAAGUCUUCGGCAGACAACGUGGCAAGAUGCGCCGCUUGUCCUGAUGGACGCUUUGCAGGUGGCUCUGCCACAGCGGCUUGUUUGCCAUGUCACGCCCGUUUUCUUCUCUACGAUGUGAGUGAGGAGGGCAAGGCAUGCACCACUUCGUUCCAUACAAACUUGCCUACAGUGGUGGCAGUUUUGCUAUGGAGUCUCAUCAUGUUCCUGGUGCCGCUGCUACUGGGGAUGCCCACCACCAUUCUGGACAUCCGCCGAACAUUGGGCCAGGAUGGCCGAGUCCGUGUUCAGUCGAGCGGCAGACACUUUAUCCUGCCAAGGGGGAGAGGUAUCCCCGUGCAAUUCGUUGGCACAGGAGUCCCACAACUUGACCACAAGGGUUUCAUCUACAGGGCCACUUUCCAUACCGGACGUGAAGUGGAGCUUCUGCACCGGGAGCUUGGCUUGAAAGGCAACUUCGUGGUGGAAGACAUGGCUUCAUCUUCGGGUCAGUAUCAGAUCUCCCGGCGGCACGCUAUGGCCUUCUUGGGGUUCUGUGGUGUGCCAUUCCUUGUUUGGCUUUUGGGCCUCUUCGUUUUCUACAUUGCCUUUAUGGCCGUUUUUUGGGCACGCUAUGUGCGCCCAGACCUAGCCUGUUGCUUUCACAUCGCCUGCGGAUGUUUUUUAGCUUUCGCUAUCCACUGGAUCAGAUGGCGAGCCAUCACGCAUACCCGCAUUCUGAAAGAUGUGCAAGUGUUCGACCGCCUGCUUCGACGAGAGCAUCCGAAGCCAAUCACGUGCGAAAAGGGGCCAUCACGAGCAAUAGAAGCCCAUCAGCUUCACACCUUCCUGGACUUCUUUCAAAACUACAUAGGUAGUCGAACCACAUAUUAUGUUGUGCACAAUAUCAUCCUGCCCCUUACGGAGCCCUACAAACUCUCCUAUGCGGAGGUGGCGGGGCCAUCUCAGUCCCAAUCCAGAUGGUUCGUGAGCCAUUACUGGGGCACCCCCCUUGCCCACUUGGUCGCCAGUGUUGAAAGACAUGCCCAAGACUUUCCAGAGAAGCAUCCUUACUGGAUUUGCACGUUCAGCAACAAUCAAUGGGCUGUCUCGGAGGAGCUGGGUGAAACGUACCAUGAGUCGUCCUUUUACCAAGCACUCCGGAGCUGUGGAACCUUGGGCACCGUUAUGGUGUUUGAUGAAGAGGCGAUGCCUCUAACGCGAUCUUGGUGCCUCUUCGAGCUCCUCCAAACGGUUCUGCUUCAGGACAUUAGCCACGACUUCAAGGGGCUCAUGCUAUGCUCCCCGCUCGGCAUCAUGAACACAGGGAAAGGAAGCUUGGACCUCGCCAUGAAUGUCAGCAAGAAGCUGGCCGUGCUGGAUUUGGAGGCAGCGCAAGCCAGCAUGCAAAGCGACAAGGACAUGAUUGACAGCCUUGUCAGACAGGAGGGGGGCUUUGAGCAGAUCAAUGAGUUCUUGGCUGAUUCCAUCAAUGAAGUGUUGAACAAACUCCGUGAGCAAUUCACUCGAAACAUUUCAAGCUUGGAGAGCGAGGUGGCAAGGAAGAAGAUGAGAACAAGAAGCGAGCGUAUUCGACGUUUGAAGGGAAGUCAGGCUGUUGGAGGACUGGCAAACUCCAGAGCUUACACCGAACCUUUGGACCAGGAUUUUUCAAGUCCGGCGUCCGGAGCAUCAUCGAGCCGGGUACUGGCAGCUCCCUUCCACUUACCACAGCUGCCAUGCCCACCAGCCAAGCGAGGAGCCUACUUGCAGAUGAUGCCUGAAAUACAGGGGCAGCAAGGUGCACGCAAUGCAGGUGCUCCUAAGUGCGUCUGCCUUCCUCAGUUUGCUCAACCAGGCUAUGCACCCCUAGCACUUCAUCCGCGGCAAGCCUUUGGUACCGCACCUCCGCUGUUUGCGGGUCACAAAACAGUGCGCAGUUCUCUGCACGUAUUCUGCACUGACCAGCUGUUCAAUCAGUGUGGCCCUUCAACAGUGUCAACGCUCCAUUUGCUUUGGGAGGCAGCCAAUGCUUCAUUCAUGCUGAGUUACACCUGGGGCUACAAGAAACUCGGUGGAAGGAUGGGAGACAUCACGGACACUCUGCUGCAAUACUGCAAGGACUACAGCACAGAUCCCAAACGAACGCAGCCUGAUUGCAGCUGGUUGCAAGUUAUCGCCACAUCACCUUCUGAUGCACCCGAUGCUUUCUUUUGCGGCGUUGGCUGCAAUGCCAAGGUAUGCCUGGAUGUGGUGAAGGAGACAGAGGCCGCUGGAGAAACCGUUCCAUUCGAAGACUUCGAGAAAGCCUUCGGUGACCGAGUGGCCGGCAUUGGAAAGUGGAGACCUUAUGUGUGGUGCGAUUUCGAGAUGUACACUGCUACGGACCUGAAACAGGAAGUCAUCAUCGCAAUGCCUCCGAAGGAAGCAGAAGACUUCCGCAGCUCAUUGUUGACCGGCGGAGUCAGCGAGGUUUGGGCUGCCCUUGGAGCUGUAAAGGUCGAGCAGGACACCGAGGGACUUGGGACCGAUGGCGAAGCUGGUCCAAUUUUGGUAGAAGACUCCGGGAUGCACUACCGCCACCGGAAGAGCAAGACGCUCAGCCUGUGCGGGAGCCAGGCCCAGCCAAAAGAACAGCCAGUGGGGAAAAAGGAAAUUAGAGCCAAUCCCAAAGCCCAGCAAGCCUUAGAUGUAGAGUGGGAGAAACUGGUAAAGAAGAAGGCAUGGCAAUAUGAGACAGUGGCCGAAUGGAAGGUCAUUGCCGACAAGGCCAAAAAGAUUGGGAAGAAGGUCCACGUAGGAAAAGUCUUUGAGAUUUGCGUUGAAAAGGGAAGUGAAUUACCCGAGGGAGAUAAACUCCGGAAAUUCAAAGGAAGAACAGUAUUUCAAGGCAACAACGUAAAGGACGAAAGCGCCGAUGUUGCACUGUUCUCUGAAUUAGGUUCUUCACCUGCCACUAUGGAAGCUGGCAAAGCGGUGGAUGCCUACGGAGCUCAACCGGGAUUCAUAACCCAACAAAAUGACGGAGUGCAAGCUUACACUCAAGCCUUAUGGAAGGGCGUGGAGACGUGGGUGGAACUGCAUUUGCCUGUGCCAGCCUUGAGCUGCUUCCGUCUCCUUGCCGUCAAUUGGGAAAUGAAAGGUGAAGAGUCUCUUUUUGCCAUUAAGUGGGAUGAAGUCCGGUCUUGGAUGUCUGAGUCGGCGGCCAUGAGAUCGGUUGCCUGCGGGGCUGUGCUGUCGCCUGCGGCUUGCGCUGUGGCGGGUGCUGGCUUCGAUCCUAUUUGUCUUUGGGAAGGGUGUCGCGGAGGCGCGGCUGCUUCGCGGCCGCUUGCGUGCGCUGUGGAUUUGGCCGCUGCGCACUUCAAACUCUUCUUCUUCCCCACGAAGGUCACCCCACAUAAAGCUUUGGCAUCGGCAACGGAGGCCAUUAUACCUCCAAGCAUUGCUGCACCAAGCACGGGGGGACCCGCUGCCAAGUCCGAUACCAAGAGACUGAUCGUUGAAGUUUGCUGUCAUCCCGAGUCCAAACUCAGCCAAACCAAUCGAAAGUGGUCUGAAGGUUGUGAAGUACUACAGUUCACUGAAGAAUUUGAUCUUAACGAAGUUGAAAACCAAAUGAGGAUUGCAGAGUAUGUCAACUCUUUCAAAGGUGAUCGUCCCGCUCUCAAGCUAACUUGCUGUGCACUCAUCGCGCCCUUUCGCUCUCCCGUCGUCGUCAUGUUGACUCGUGCAAUCCAAAUGGCCAAGGCCUGCGCGGUUGCCGGGAGGCCCGCCAUCCUCGAACGCAUCACACAAUGGGAAGGUGUGGUCAAUACCCUGAAGGGAGCCAUUGCGGUGGCGACCUGGGACGACCCACAGGUGCUCCUACGAGAGAUGGAAGGAUGUCGACUACCCCUGGCGAACAUCGUCGAGCCGAUGCUGGGCGGUGGCAAUGCAGAAGGGGCGUACGACACGUUGGCGGAGGUCUACAAGAACACGCCCGAUGGCUUUUUGGCAAUGUGCCCUUACCCGCCGGGAGGCGAGGUCGACCUGCUGAUCGUAUCAGACUCAUCGUUGGCUCUGGUACCUGACCCCAAUGCAGGGAAGGCUUCAUGUUUUUCCGGAGGCGAUCUUCUCAAACCCUGGGGAGACAUCCGUGGCAUAUAUACCAAAAUGCUGUGGGGCAAGGGAUUGAAUCAUAUGGUCCAGUAUAUCCCCGAGGCCAUCGAUGACAUCGAGUCCACCAAUCGUGCCCAUGGUCGUCCGGCAAGGGUUGAGCGGUCUGUCAAUGACUUGGGCCAGCUCAAACGUGAUGAACCCCGAAUCCUGGACAUCGUGGUUGUGGGGAAUGCUGACGCGGACAUCUUUGCUCUCCCGUCGGCCUACAACGAGACCAUGCGCGUCCACAUCAAGGCACUGCGCGGGGACCACGGCAUCCAAACCCUCGACACGACCCUGAUGCUUGCCCGGACUGUGAGGUACGACAAGGUUCAUUUGGAAGAUGACGCCAUCAAUCGGAAGUAUGUUACCAACUUCCUUCAAGCCGUCGCUGACUGCCACCUCUCCUACCUCAAGCUCAUCAGCGUCGACGACCAUUUGAGAACACUCCCAAGAAUCGAGGACCUCCAGGAGCAAAAGAACUACCCAAACCUCACCAUCCUGAAGGCCGCGUACCAGCUUGAGAUCGAUUCGAAUGUCUCCUCACCGCAAGAUCUUCCUCAACGACCCGAUCCUGAGAAGAUCAUGCUUGAUGCAGACAUCGAGAUUUUCAACUGGGUGCUUCAAGCUGAGGAGAACGCCACAGCCUUUGCCGACCGGGAGGUCGAGUCCUGGAUGAGAGACAUUCCUGAAGAGGACCAGGCAUUGGAACCGAUGCAUCAAGACAACGCUGAUUCAGAUGAUGAGGCUGUCAAGGUCCAGGCUCUCACCAUGGAAGACCGAAUUCAGGCAAGGCGACAAGGCCUCUCCGAAGAGCAUGGCCAGGAGUGGCAAGAUGCCACCUACGCGGCCGAGGAUGAAGAGGAGGAGUUCAGGGGCUGGGACCUCAUCGAAGAUGACAAACGCCCGCCGGGAGUCGUGGCCAGUGAUCCAGUUCACGAAGAAGAGAAGGAGCUGGACCUCGACGACCUCGAGACAGUGGCUUCGGUGGAGAUUGUCGAUGAAGAGGAGUUCCACGACGUCGAGGAGGGGCAGGCCGAGGCGAUCGACGAUGAUGACGAUGAUGACAUGGCCGUGAUCGACAAGGUCUCUUCUAUGCAGGCCGAGAAGUCUGAUGCACGGGGGGACCCGGAGCCCAUGGAUGUUGAUGAUCAGGGCAACAAGAUGGUCCAGAGCACGGCAUCAGCGAAGACCUGGAAGACGGAGAUGGCCCAGAGCUCGUCAUCUGCAAAGACGUGGAAGACCGACAUGGCUCAGAGCGCAUCAUCGGCGAAGACCUGGCGAACUGACACUACAGCAGCUGCGUCGGCGGGAGCCACGCCUCCUGACCCGACUGCCAAGCUCAAGCCAAAGUCCAAGGCGGCGAAGAAGGCCAUGCCCAAGAGAUUGAAGGUUGUCGAUGAGGGACAUGGCCCGAGCGCUGAGCAGUUCGACACGUCGAAAUUUGCCACGGCACAGGAUCUGGUGUGGAUUGAGCCGGACAACAUGGCAGGAGUCCCUGUGCGGAAGGUGGACUACGGAAGGCUUAGCUCAAUUUCCCAUGCUAUGUCCGACUACCUCCGUGGCCACCGCUUGUUUCACAGGAGGCCUUCACCAGAGAUUCGGAGGACUGAUUUGUCAAUGGACUUUAAGGCAUUGGUGAGGCAUCUCCAAGGAGAUUUUGCGCAUCUCCGAGAAGAAGAAGUUUUGAUGGUAGUGCGCAACUCACCGAUGCGCCGCUUCAGAGUGCAGGUGAAUGGAAUGUCGUCCGGAAAGCUGAGGUGGACGCCAGUGAGAAUCAGGGCCAUUCAGGGCCAUCGGGCCUUUCUCGUGGAGCAAGGGGGGAUGUCGACCAUGAUCAAAACGAUGUUCACUUUUGAUGAGAACUUCGACGAGACCAAGGUUGACGACCCAUCGGUUCACCCCGCUUUCUCCGCGAUGCCGGAAGGCUCGCCUGUGUGGAACAAGUUCCCCAGAGUGGUGUAUCACACCUGUGACCAAGCCGCCUUCAACUCCAUCAUCAAGUUCGGCCUCAUCCCUGGCGGAUUCCCGCCAAUCGCCAUCGCGUUUGACAUGGAGCUCAUGAUGCAAAUGGGCUACAAACUUUUCGCGACUGACGAGGCCAUCCUGUCGCCAGACUGGAUAUCGAACCUCCCGAUGAUCAACGCCUUUGAUAUGCGUUCUGGCGAGUUUUUCUAUAUCAACAGGGCUUAUGUCAACCAUCGGAAGACUUACCAGGAAGUCCUCAAGCAGGCCAAGGCCGAGUUUGAUCCCGAUGACAUCCUCAUGAGCCGCAUGGAAAUGUUGAUGGAGAAUGCUCAGCUGAACUUUGAAGGCAUCAAAGAGCGCAUUGAGUUUGGCAAGCUCCUCCCCUUCUCCAGGCGCGAAGACAUCCAAGUGGAGAAAAGCACCGCCACCCGGGAGGGUGAGCCGGCAUCAGGUUCUCAGCUGGUGCCCGGCUACACCAUUGCAAAGAUGGCCGCCAUGACGAGCACUGAUGCAUGUGGGUUGCAGCGUCGUGGGCGGAACGGACCCGGUGGUGGAAACUGGAAUCGAGGGCAGGGCCGAGUUGGAUUUGAGUUGCAAUUCAAGGACAUUUCCUACAACCAGAUCCAAGACUCCCCUCAGGUGCGCUGCAGCCACCCGAUAUGCGGAUACCUCAUGAUGGACGGGCAUCUGAAAUGUCCACGGUGUUUUAGACAAAUGGAACCCGUGACGGAUGCCAACAUCGCCACAGAGGUUGCCCGCCGGGAGGCGAUGGCCCGUACCAGAGGUGUGCCCUUUUCCAUGGACAAGGUGAUCUUCAACCACCCUCGGAGAGGCAGAGUAGCCAGGCAGCCGGAGAAGGGAUCUUCAUCUUCUUCGACCGCCGUCCGAACCAGAAGCACAUGGCAACUUGAGAGACAUGGCCCGCAACUACGUCAGAUCUUUCAAGAAAAGGGGCUUCAAGGACCUUUGAGUCCGACCAUUGAGCGCACCAAGGCUCAGGUUCUUGGAGAAAAGCUUGAGAUGGCCACCAAGUUGAUUUUCGUGCCAUCGUCGGAGCGGGAGCCCGACCAACCCUUGGAUCUUCACACCGAGGUGUUUGUGUCACAUCGGGGCGUCUUCCUCGACAUUGGCCAGUUCGCAGUCUAUGUGGCAAAAUUCAUCAAGCCAAAGCAAAGACCCCUACCCAUUGUUUAUGGCUGGGGCAACCGUGACUUUGUGCCUGAUGCUUUUGAUGCCAAAGAGAUCGCGAAAGAACUGGUGGAGUUCAGCAAGCUGCAGUGGUCGAACUAUGCCCCCCAACAGACGCACAAGGAGUCUGAAACCACCGGCGACGACCGGGAGGUCAGUCUAGCUCAUGCAAGUGGGCCCAUUAGCCGACCUGAACAUGAACGACCCCAUCACGAGCAACUGCUCGCGGAGGUCCUUACGGUCAAAGCCAUGGUGGAAAAGGGAAAGGGACAGCAGAAGGGAAAGGGCAAGCAAGGCAGAAGCCCACCGGGAGGUGUGGCCUAUGGUGACUUUGAAGGAGAUUCCUACUGGGUUCAGGGCUACCGCUACACGUGGUACUGGAAUCAACAGCGAGGCUGGUACUGGCGCUGGACCUGA